UCGAACUGUUAUUAUCAGUUGGCUAAUUCUUGGCUAAUUGUUUUAUUAGGAGGGGUGUAGGAUUCUAUGGUAAGUUAAAUCGUUCGAAUAUAGAAUUUUCAGCUAAAUAGUUAAGACAGGCAGAGUGGUAACUUAACAAAUUUGACCCUUUCAAUGACAUCGUUACCAUCAAAAUCAUCAGCGUCGGGUAACAGUUCGUCUGGAAUAUAUGCUUGGAUACCUGAAUCGGAUAACAGUUGUAUUGCCGGAAUACCGAUGCCACCUCAAAAUGCUAAUGUCGAAGUGCCAACACCACGAGAUGAUCAAACGGCAGCUUGGGAAAAAGCACAAGAAGCCUUGAAAAAGGUUAACGUUUCAGCCACUUCCACCUCUUCGAACAUUUCAUCCAUGACAUCAUAUCAUUCUCAACCUCAACCCGACACACGGUCUCAAAUAUUGCACUAUUAUCCAUGGAUGGAACAACAUGCUCUUGGAAUGUCACCAUUUAUACCUCGUUUACCACUACCGCCACCACCACCGCCACCAUCGUCAUCAUCGUCAUCGCUGUCUUCAUCGUUUCCACCACCUCCACCUCCCCAAACCUAUGGUAUAACACAGGAAAAUUCGUCUUAUAUAGGAGUACAUUAUGGUUUUACUCCAUCAGGCACUCAUUUACCAUCAUCAAAUGGAAGUUAUCAUCCAGAUUUCAUGAACCCAUGGGCAUCGUCAAACGUUGCUCCUAGACCACGGCAAUUCGGAUUUAACGGAAACAGAUCAGCACCAGUAACAGCAUCAGGAGGAGGCGAAUACGGCCGAAAUAACAGUGUACCACAGCAUCCUAUACGUUUUUCAAUUAAUCGUCCACGAGGACUUAAUACUGCACCAGUUUUUCAUCAGAAUUCUCAAUCAUUUGAACUAGAAUCGCCAAGUAUACCAGAUCCCGUUAAGAGGUAUGUGGAACGUUCAUAUUUGGCAGUGGAAAAGAAGGAAGAUCGUGACAAGUUAGAAGAAUAUUUCAAACAAAAACUAAAUCCCCUAUUAAUAUCCGGUGCAUACAAAGCGGUUGAUUGGGAUCGUGAGCCAUUGCCUUCCGAAGUGAAUUUUGAGCUUAAAAUGGGUUGGACGCCAGCUAGUCAGCUGAAAAAAGGUUUAAAUACAACCGCAGAAAUGGAGAAACGGUCGCCGAAAAAGUCGAAACAUGAGAUGAGUCACCGAAGGAAUUCACGAUCUCCUCCAUUUCGUGAACAGUCUAAAAGACGGGUACCGUUUAGCCCUCGUGUUCGUCUUCCAUCUGAUGAAGAUAAUUCGGUUGAUGAACAGCCAAAAUUCAAACAAACCGCUGCCCAGAAAAAGAAGAAGAAACAAAAGAAGAAUAACGGAAAGUCUGGACGAUGGGCUGCUGAUGAACGAAGUAACGCGCAGCGUGAAGAACGUGCUAAACGUUUUGCUCGAGAUGAUGAAGCACGACGAGUAAAAUUCAUGGAAAUGCGACGUCGUCUAGAUUGGUAUAUUGAUCGAGAGGGAGAACAGGGCACCAGUGAUAAGGUUGUUGGGACAUGUAUGGAUAUCGAAAAAUCUUAUUUCCGCCUUACUUCGGCUCCAGAACCAAGCACAGUGAGACCACUGAAAGUAUUGGAAAAAGCACUGAAGUUGGUGCAGCAGAAAUAUGCAACUAAUCGAGAUUAUACUUACGCAAAUGAUCAGCUGAGAAGUAUUCGUCAAGAUUUGAUGAUCCAGUGUAUAAGAACCGACUUUACUGUAAAUGUUUACGAGACAAAUGCACGGAUUGCACUGGAGCAGGGUGAUCGUGAAGAAUUUAACCAAUGUCAGAGCCAGUUGAAAUUAUUAUAUAAAGAAUUACCUGAUUCUCCAAAUCGCCAUGAAUUUACCUCUUAUCGAUUACUUUAUUACAUAUCAGUUGCAAAUACUAUAGAUCAAACUACCCUACUCAGUGAAUUAGAUGAGAAAGCGCGGAAGGACCCCUGUCUUUCAUUUUCAUUGAGAACUCGUGAAGCUUGGGCUCUUGGAAAUUAUGUGAAACUUUUCCGACUAUAUCAGGAAGCCCCGAGGAUGGCAUCAUAUGUAAUGGAUUUAUUUUUGGAGCGAGAACGGAAGGCUGCAUUAAAUGCUUGCCUAAAAUCAUUUCGUCCUACAAUAAGUGUAAAAAUAUUAGCAUCGAGGUUGGGUAUGGAAGAACCGAAGUUAUGCGAAUGGUUGACAACAUUUGGAAUAACAGCUGAUGAUGAUAAAAUUGAUUGUCGUACCUAUAGCAACACAGUACUAGCAUAGUAAGCUUUCUGUAUGUAUAUGUUGAUUUUCAAAAUUCUCAUUUAUGAUACCAUUUCAUUUCGAUUUUAAUUUUCAUCACGGGCAUAUUUUGGUCUUACACUUAAUGAAGUUUUCAUAAUCCCUACGUACAAAGAAUCUAUCGCCGUAACCACCCAACUUUUAUAUGUUUGAAAUAUUGUAAUAUAGCGAUUGCUCAUGAAAGUAGCAUUUUUAAAAUUGCUAUUUCUUUAGCUGGAUAAAUUUUCAAAUCUGAGCUUUUGAAUUCCAAAUAAAGGGAGUAUCAAAAAGGUAUUUCAGUUCUAG